CUACUACAACAGCGCCAACACCUCCUCCUAACGCACAGACCUGUUGAUCCCCUCCGACACGAUCACCGCAAACACCAACUGCUCUCUCACUCACUCAUACCAUACCGUUCCCAGCAGUCAGUCAGUCCAUACCAUACAGUACUUCGCACUCGUAGGCUGUCUGCCAGUCCGGUCUGUCAUACUCUGUCUGUAUGUAUGUUCGCUGUCUAUACGGCUAUAAUGUAUGAGUGUUUUCGCCACCGAUCGAGAGGUUUAUGUGAAUAAUAAGUAAAAUUAAUUCAACGAUAAAAAAAAGUUUUUCCACUUUUUUUCGACGCAAAUCUCUCGCGAAACCCAAAUUCAACAGUCAUUUCAUUUCAGACAUCAGUUUUGUCUCAGAAACUCGUUUAUAAAACAAAGUUUUUUGAGUCAAAAACUACUGAUUCUUAGUCACCAAGAAGUUUGUGAUUAUUAUUAUUAUCUUCUGAUUACAUCUUACGAUGAAAGCGAUGGUCGACUCGAAUGUGUCCGACCCGUGCGUCAAACCCUCGCCGAUACUGCCCUUCCUAUUCCUCGGCAACGAAAAGGAUGCCACCGAUUGUCACUGUUUGGAACAGUUGGGCAUCACUUAUGUCUUGAAUAUCACGUCUCAAAUGCCCGACACAUACGACCAGAGGCCGGGGCUCAGGUAUAAGCAACUGUUGGCCGUCGACUCCUACCACCAGAACCUCAAACAGUACUUCGAGGAAGCGUUUGAUUUCAUCGACGAAGCCCGCCAGAAAGGCUGCAAUGUGUUAGUCCACUGUCACGCCGGCAUCUCGCGCUCGGCCACCAUCACCAUCGCCUACCUCAUGAGACACCUAUGGAUGAAUUUAGUGGAUGCCUACAGUCUCGUGAAGAGUAAGCGGCCCAUCAUAUCGCCAAACCUCAACUUCAUGGGCCAACUGCUGGAGUUGGAGCAGACACUGCACCCCAAGAAGUCGCCGGAAUCUGCGGACAAUUGUCGCAAAUCGUCGAUAAGUGUGUCGUCGGCGACGUCGGUGGACACGGAUGUGGUAGUAGUGAGCCAUCAAAACAGCUGUGAUUCCGGGGCCGACAGUCGACAGUCAGCGGCGCCGCCAACCAUACUCUCCCUAUGAUUGGGCGCGCAAAUGGUGUCUGUGGCUAAAAAACAAGACAACUUUCCACAUCUGAAAAACCACAUGUGUUUCCGACACCACCUAAUGAUAAGCGAAAUGACGAGAAAAAACUGUCGUUUUUCGGAUUCAUUUGUAUAAAUAUUUUUAUUUAUACACAAAACACGAGUCAAUUAAUGUCUCUAUUGAAAAAAUUCUGUGCCUUUUUAUUCUCAC